AUGGCCCAGCCGCUACCAUUCCUCGCGCCACUCGUCACCUUACUCUUCCUGGCGGCGGCAACCACGACGGCAACAGCGGCCGCAGACGGUGUCCCCGCCGCCGCCGGCAAUGGCGGCAUGACGCACCUCCACUUCUACUUCCACGAGAUAUACACCGCCGGGCCGAACGGCACGACGGCGGCGGUGGCGUCCCCGCCGGCGGGCGCCAGCGGCUCGGCCUUCGGGUUCGGCUACGUGGGCGUGGUCGACGACAUGCUCCGCGAGGGCGCCGACCCGGCGUCCCGCCUCAUCGGCCGCGCGCAGGGGCUCACCGCGGGCGCCUCGCUCUCGGAGGUGGCGAUCACCACGUUGCUCAACUUCGUGUUCACGGACGGGCCGUACAACGGCAGCACGCUGGCGAUGUUCGGCCGCGCGGUGCUGGGCUCGGUGAUGGAGCGGCCGAUCGUGGGGGGCACCGGCGCGUUCCGGAUGGCGCGCGGGUACACGCACAGCCGGAUGGUCGAGUCCGCGGACCCCGGGAACCUGCUCGUCCUCGAGUACGACGCCUACGUCUUCCACUAG